GAGAAACAGCGCCGUGUAUCUGCUGUGCCAUCAUCCGUCCACCCAGAGAAGGAGGCAUCCGCUACAGAGGCCUGACCCAGGAGCAGAUCCGCAGUGUGCAGGUGCUGCCCGUCGACUAUGAGAUCGAGUACAUCUGCAGAGGAAACCGGGUCAUCGUGGGGCCAAAGGUCAGGAAGUGUCUGCCCAACGGGACCUGGACCGACAUGAGCCACAAGAGCCAGUGCUUGCUGCUGUGUCCCCGCAUGUGGACGUCUCUGGAGAACGGCCGGGUGACGUCGUGGCCCCCGGGUCCACCGACGGAGGGCGCCACGCUGCACUACAGCUGCCUGCCCGGCUUCAUCCUCGUGGGACGCAACUCCACGCAGUGCAACAAGAUGGGCAAAUGGGACAGUCCCAAGCCCGUGUGCCACUACGAUCGUCACUACAGAGGGAAGAAGAAGCUGUACAUCGGUGCGCUGUUCCCCAUGAGCGGGGGCUGGCCGGGGGGUCAAGCCUGCCUGCCCGCCGCCCAAAUGGCCCUGGACCUGGUCAACAACCGGAGCGACAUCCUGCCGGACUACGAGCUGGAGCUGAUCUACUACGACAGCCUGUGUGACCCGGGAGAGGCCACGAAGCUCCUGUACGACCUGCUGUACACCGAGCCCAUCAAGAUCGUCCUGAUGCCCGGCUGCAGCUCCGUGUCCACGCUGGUGGCAGAGGCGGCGCGGAUGUGGAACCUCAUCGUGUUGUCGUACGGCUCCAGCUCCCCCGCCCUCUCCAACCGCCAGCGCUUCCCCACCUUCUUCAGGACCCACCCCUCGGCCACGCUCCACAACCCCACUCGGGUCCAGCUCUUUCAGAAGUGGAAGUGGACCAAGAUCGCCACCAUCCAGCAGACCACCGAAGUCUUUACAUCUACGCUGGACGACCUGGAGGAGCGGGUGAAGGAGGCGGGCAUCGAGAUCAGCGUCAGACAGAGCUUCCUCACUGACCCCGCCGUGGCCGUCAAGAACCUCAAGCGCCAAGACGCCAGGAUCAUCGUCGGGCUCUUCUACGAGACGGAGGCCAGGAAGGUCUUCUGUGAGGUUUACAAGGAGAAGUUGUUCGGGAAGAAGUACGUGUGGUUCCUGAUCGGCUGGUACGCAGACAACUGGUUCAAAAUCAAAGAUCCGGCCAUAAACUGCACCGUGGAGCAGAUGACCGAGGCCGUGCAGGGUCACGUCACCACGGAGAUCGUCAUGCUCAACCCGGAGACGGUCAGAGGAGCCUCCAACCUGACGUCUCAGGAGUUCCUGGACCAGCUCAUGUCCAAACUGGGCGGUAAAAACCCGGAGGAGACGGGAGGCUUCCAGGAGGCUCCUCUGGCCUACGACGCCGUGUGGGCCCUGGCUCUGGCCCUCAACAAGACCGUGGGGCCCCUGAAGGCGAAAGGCUACAGGCUGGAGGACUUCAACUACAACAACAGAGAGAUCACAGCGGAGAUCUACAGAGCGCUCAACACCAGCUCCUUCGAGGGCGUUUCGGGUCACGUGGUGUUUGACGCUCAAGGUUCUCGAAUGGCCUGGACUCUGAUCGAACAGCUCCAAGACGGCAGCUACAAGAAGAUUGGAUACUACGACAGCACCAAAGGCAAUCUGUCCUGGUACGGCAACGACAAGUGGAUCGGCGCCGGGCCUCCUGCCGACCAGACCGUCGUCAUAGAAGAGUUCCGGUACCUGUCGCAGAAGCUCUUUGUGUCCGUGUCCGUGUUCGCCGGUCUGGGAAUUCUGCUGGGAAUCGUGUGUCUCACCUUCAACAUCUACAACAGCAACGUCAGAUACAUCCAGAACUCGCAGCCGUACCUGAACAACAUGACGGCGGUGGGCUGUAUGAUGGCCCUGGCGGCCGUCUUCCCUCUGGGCAUCGACGGGCUGCACGUGCACCGGAGACAGUUCCCCGUCGUGUGCCAGUUCCGGUUGUGGUUGCUGGGCCUGGGCUUCAGUCUGGCCUACGGGAGCAUGUUCACCAAGAUCUGGUGGGUCCACACUGUCUUCACCAAGAAGGACGAGAAGAAGGACCGCAGAAAGCACCUGGAGCCGUGGAAGCUCUAUGCGACGGUUGGCGUUCUCUUGGGCAUAGACGUUCUGUCUCUCAUGAUCUGGCAGAUCGUGGAUCCUCUGCACAUCACAGUGGAGAAGUUCACGAGGGAGGACCCUAAAGGCGACCUGGACGUGCUGAUCCAGCCCCUCCUGGAGCACUGCAGCUCCGAGAAGAUGAACACGUGGCUCGGUGUGGUGUACGGGUACAAAGGUCUGCUCCUGCUGCUCGGGAUCUUCUUGGCGUACGAGACCAAGUCCAUCUCCACCGAGAAGAUCAACGACCACCGCGCCGUGGGCAUGGCCAUCUACAACGUGGCAGUCCUGUGCAUGAUCACGGCUCCCGUCACCAUGAUCCUGUCGUCUCAGCAGGACGCCUCCUUCGCCUUCGCCUCCCUCGCCAUCGUCUUCUCCGUCUACAUCACUCUGGUGGUGCUCUUCGUUCCCAAGAUGCGUCGCCUGAUCACCAGAGGAGAGUGGCAGUCCGACGCCCAGGAGACCAUGAAGACCGGCUCCUCCACCAACAACAACGAUGAGGAGAAGUCCAGGCAGCUGGAGAGGGAGAACAAGGAGCUCCAGAAGAUCAUCCAGGAGAAAGAGGAGCGCGUGUCUGAGCUGAGGAACCAGCUGUCCGAGCGCCAGGCCCUGCGCUCCCGGAGACGAGCCUCCACCAUCACCACCAACCAGAACCACAGCAGCACCCCGCCGCAGCCCAUCAGCGACCCGCGCUCUCUGGCCCCGCCCCCCGGAUACCCCGCCCCCACGCUCGACCCCGCCCUCAGCACGUCGCCGCCCACCUUCUCCAACUCCAACCUGUACCAGGCCGACAGCAAGCUCAACCGCAACAACUGCCACACCAGCCGGCUGCAGAUGCUCUACAAGUGA